AUGCCACCUAAAGGAUCCAAAAAGAAAAAGGCGGUUGUCAAUGCCACGGUUGAAGGACAAGAGGUUGAACAGGGUCCGAGCUCCGUGGCAGAAAACGAGCCACCUCAGGCUCCUGAAGCAGACCACAAUGGCCGUCCUAUCCGAAGCACCCGUGGUCUUGGUGGAGUAAAUGCUCGGUAG